GCUUGUCUGGCUGUCGUCUCCGCCUGAAUGCUCCAAUUGUACGCGGUGCCUGGGGGCUUUGACACGAGGAUAAUCGAACCUUGGAAUGCGCUGGACGGUGCAGUGGACAUUUCCUUGGGUGUGUCAACGGGACUGACCGGCUGAGCAAACCAACCCCCCCAUCAUCACUUCGCUCCACACCCAUGGGCACACACACACCCCCACGGUCGCUCGUUCGAGUCCAUGGUUUGGAUGCUUCCAAUACUCCUGGAGUUCUUUCCCGCCUGUUCCAGCCCCCUCUCGAUCAUCCCCAGCUCAUCAAAUACAUCAAAUACAUGUUGUGUACAUCACAUCAUACGCGGACAGCUCAACUCUGGUCAGCUCCGAUCCCUUCUAGACCACGGUGUUCCGUCUUGUCUCGCCUGGGCUGCGACUCCACCGGUGCAGAUUCUAAGACCAGCAGCUGUCCUGUGCGGUGGCGAGUGCUGCAGCAAGUGGUGCAGUGCAGUGCAGAGCAAAUAAUAAUUGAAUGCAAUAAUACUAAAUCUGCCGUUCCCUCUUUCUUUCCUGGGAAGGCCACCACCAUCAUCGGCCCGGGGCAUCAGUCACCGUCAACUGGGAACACGGGAAAGAAGACCUUUUUGCGGUCAGCUUUCAGGCAACAACAACACCCACUCUUUCUGGUUGUUGACAUUUGACUACUUUCCUCCAAGCUAAACAGUUACUACUAGUAUAUUCUUCCAACCGAACAAGCCAUCUCGAUCGACCUAGUCAGCCCUGAACUGCCCAUUUAUCUCGACCAAGCAAGCUGUAAAGUAGGCCACGCAGUGCCUGAUCAGCUCCCACCAAUUGACAGCCCCGGAUCUGCGUCCGUGGCCUGUUCUCAAACGCUGAAUAACUUGGCUCGGGUACAAAAGUGGCUGACCCCGGCAGAUCCAUCUCCCUCCUACUUUCUCUCUCUCCUUAC